UAAAAGCAAGGAUGGAUAUAAAACUCUAUGUAUCCCGACUUUUCAACCGUAUCAAACGACCACAGAUCACUACUGCGGUACCAAGAUAUGGAAGAUCGGAAAACUACUCAUAUUCCUACCAUCCCACCAUCAUCACCUCAUGUUGUCAUCUUCCCUUUACCAAUCCAAGGUCCAGUCAACUGCAUGCUCAAACUAGCUGAUCUUAUUCUUAAGUUAAGCGAUGCUACCAUAUCUGUCACCUUCCUCACCACCGAGUUCAUCCACAGCCGCCUUCUUCUCCACUCAACUGCGGCGGCCCGGCUUUCGGACACCUCUCCUCACUUCCGUUUCGAGACCGUGCCCGAUGGGCUCGGACACAACGAGAACCCCCGGGGAACCUAUCAGCUUGUUGACUUGACCAUGACCCUAGAGGGUCAGGCUCAAGCCAAAGGUAGCCAGCUAAGAGAAGUGCUGGCUUAUGGCUCGGUUGAACCAGAACUUAAGAAAGUAGUGACAUGUAUUAUAGCUGAUGGAUUUUUUGGGUGUAUGGUGGAUGUUGCUAAAGAGUUGAAGGUGCCGCUUGUUUAUUUUGAAACUAUUAGUCCUUGUGGACUUUGGACUUAUCUUUGUGUUCCUAACAUGAUUCGAGCUAGUGACCUCCCUUUCCAAGGAGAGGAGGACUUAGAUGCAGCAGUAACCAGUGUGCCAGGGAUGGAAACCUACUUGAGGCGCCGGGAUCUCCCGAGCUUCUGUCGUGCUUUCAACCCGAACAGCCCUCGCAUCCAGCUUGUACUCAAGGAAGCACAAACUUUUUCAAGAGCUCAAGGACACAUAUUGAACACCUUUGAUAAGCUUGAAGGUGAAUUCUUUACUCACAUGCAAGCUUUAUGUCCUAAUUUGUACAACAUUGGACCUCUCCACUUGAACCUCGAAUGUAGGAUAAAACAAGAAUCCGCCAAGUCAUUUUCAAACAGUUUAUGGCAAGAAGAUAGAAGCUGCUUGGUGUGGCUUGAUGCUCAACCCCAAAAAUCAGUCCUCUUCGUGAGCAUUGGAAGUCUUGCGGUCAUGACAAAGGAUCAGCUCAUGGAGAUUUGGUGUGGUUUGAUAAAUAGUAAGACGAGGUUUCUGUGGGUUAGAAGGCCAGACUCGAUAAUCAAGUCGAACAAUGAGGAGGCUGAUCAAAGCCAGUAUUCGGAGGUUCCCUCUGAAGUUAUAGAAGGCACAAAAGAUAGAGGUUGUAUUGUUAGAUGGGCACCACAAGAAGAGGUCUUAGCGCAUAAAGCAAUUGGCGGGUUUUUGACUCAUAGUGGUUGGAACUCGACUUUAGAGAGUAUAGUUGCAGGUGUUCCAAUGAUUUGUUGGCCAUUCUUCGUCGAUCAACAAGUGAAUAGCAGGGUUGUAAGUGAGGUUUGGAAGAUUGGAUUAGACAUGAAAGACAAUUGUAAUAGAGUUGUGAUUGAAAAGAUGAUCAAAGAUCUUAUGGGAACUCGAAAAGACGAGUUCUUAGCAAGGGCUGAUGAAAUGGCUAAGUUAGCCGCUCAAGCUGUGGCGGAAGAUGGAUCUUCCUAUAACAGUUUGAAUCGUUUAAUCGACGAUAUUAUGUUCAUGAGAUUUCCUAUACAAGAUAACGUUCUCUUGGACUAAAUAACAGAACUGCAUUAACAAAUAGUAGGAAGUAAUCUAGCUAGAAGUUGCCUUCAACUUUGCUCAUAAUCUAAACAAUUUUAUAUGCUUAGUAUUUCAAUCUUUCUUUGAGUGUUUAUGUACGUCGUCCUCUAAAGUUAACACAAGUUCUUAUAUGAGAUGGGUGUAUAGUGAUUUACGCUACAAUAGAGGUAAAAUUUUGUCCGAAAUAGUUAAAUACCAAGACUAUAUUCACCAGUAUA